AUGUCUGAACCAACUGCUAUUGAUAUUACUCAAAUUCCACCUCAAAUUCAUCAUACAAAAGUGGCCUUAAUUUCUGGUGUAACUGGACAGGACGGUUCUUACCUCGCAGAAUUGCUCUUGGAAAAGGGAUACACCGUUUACGGUAUUAUUAGACGUUCAUCAUCAUUCAAUACCGGUAGAGUUGAACACUUGUGUAAGGACAUGCACGUUCUUUCUUCCAGAUUCAAGCUUGUUUAUGGUGAUUUGACUGAUACUGGGAAUCUUAUUUCCAUAAUAUCAAAGAUUAAGCCUGAUGAAAUUUAUAAUCUCGGUGCUCAAUCUCAUGUUAAAGUCAGCUUUGAGAUGCCUGAAUACACUGCUAAUGUUGAUGCUGUUGGUACAUUGAGAAUGUUGGAAGCUAUUCGUGCUUGUGGAUUAGAAAAGAAGACAAGAUUUUAUCAAGCUAGUACUUCUGAAUUGUAUGGUUUGGUUCAAGAAAUCCCCCAAAAAGAAACCACUCCUUUCUAUCCUCGUUCUCCUUAUGCUUGUGCAAAGUUGUAUAGUUACUGGAUUGUCAUUAAUUAUAGAGAAGCUUACAACAUGUUUGCUUUGAACGGAAUUCUUUUCAAUCACGAAAGUAUUAGAAGAGGACCAACAUUUGUAACCAGAAAGAUCACUAUGGCUGUUGCUCGUAUUCAUCUUGGAUUGCAAGAUUGUUUGUAUUUGGGUAAUUUGGAUGCUGAAAGAGAUUGGGGGCAUGCCAAGGAUUAUGUUAAAGCUAUGUGGUUGAUGCUUCAACAAGAAAAGCCAGCCGAUUACUGUGUUGCCACUGGUGAGAAACACAAGGUUAGAGAAUUUGUUGAAAAAUCUUUUGCUGUUCUCGGAAGGAGGGUUGAAUGGAAAGGAACACCAGGUACAGUUGAUGAAUACGGAGAAGUGGACGGUAUUGUUAGAGUUAAAGUAGAUCCUAGUUAUUUCAGACCAACCGAAGUUGAACUCUUGAUUGGUGAUCCAACAAAGGCAGAAACUGAAUUAGGAUGGAACAGAAAUGUUGGUUUUGAUGAAUUGGUGAAGGGAAUGGUAGAAGGAGAUGUUGAACUUUUACAAAAGGAUGAUGUUGAACUUGUUAAGAAGCAGUAUCACUAA